AUGAACAAAUACAGAUUAAAUAAAACAAAAGUGCUGUACACAGAUGAAAGUGAAUGGCGGGGUGACAGAAGAAUGUUGGACAUCACACGAGACAAGCCAGUAAAAGUGUGCGUACGAGUUGUCGUGCCAGUUCGAGAUCAUCCAAAAUUCAAUUUCGUUGGAAAGCUACUGGGGCCCAAAGGGAACUCCUUGAAAAGACUGCAAGAAGACACAAUGUGCAAGAUGGCAGUCCUAGGACGAGGGUCGAUGAAAGAUCGUCAAAAGGAAGAAGAACUCCGUAUAUCUGGAGAUCCUAAGUUCGCACAUCUCUCUGAUGAACUCCACGUGGAAAUCAGUGCGUUUGCGACACCAGCUGAAGCGCAUGCCCGUAUUGCAUAUGCACUCGCUGAACUGAGGAGGUUUUUAGUACCGGAUUACAAUGAUGACAUACGCCAGGAACAAAUGCUGGAAAUGCAAAUUCUGUCGUCACAGAACGAGCAAAGGAGAUUAACGCCUCCCGAUUCGUCUAGAAGUGGAAGUGAAGAAGCUUUGCCGCUGAGGGACAACGGGAACAAACAAAGAUUGAAUGCAGCACCACCAACGCCAGCUCAAGCGACGCUGCCCGCAAUGGUCAAUCACAACGCCAACGUACGUGACUUUUCCCCACCUGCACCUACACCUGCACCCGAGCACCUGUCUGCUCAUCAUCAGCUGGCUCCCAGUCACGCUGGCCAUGGAGUCCUGGUCGGAGGUGGUGUGAUACAACAACCACCUACACAUCAUUUGCUCACACAGAACUCCAUAUUGGGUGGGGGUGACAUCCUGGGCUUGAGUAGUCCCGUGCUUGGUGGAAUGUUGCACGCUCACCCGGCGUUGCGUGGCGUUAAGCCGGCAACCGUGCAUGCGCUUGCGACGCAAGGUGCGGGUGGGGCGGGUGGGGUUGGGAGCGGUCGCAAGCGGCCUCUGCUCGGCGCGCGGGCCGCCAUGUCGCCGACUAAGCGGGCGGUGAUGACGUUGCUCGCACGCGCACGCGCAGCUACGCACAAACACGCGCCCUGGCCUGCGCCGGAACACACAGCCCUACUUCCGCUUAUAAGGGACGAUUUUGUCACCGGCGUCGGAGUCAAUAUCAACCUAGCGUAAUGAAAUCUCUAGUCAAAUUUUAUUUAUAUUAUAAUAUAUAAUAAAAUUGUAAAUACUCUUCUAAACUUAGAAUAAUUUGUAAUCAUUUUAUAUACCUGAUGUGUAACCAGAAUUUUCGUUAAACUUUUUUACAUUGUUCGAUACGAUAUAUCGAAUCGUGACUUGCUUUCGCGUGAAUAAUUAUAAAAUACAAUGUAUUUGGUGUUUAUUGUGUGGGUAG